AAUCAGAAAAUAUGAUUUCAGACUUGAUUUUAUCAACGCACAUUACAUUUUAAAAAGAAACAUUAGCCUCAGCUUUGCAAAUGCAUCUUAAGCACCACCUAAGCUUCUGUGUAUUGGCUCCUCAUGAUUAAGCUGUGAGCGCCUGGAGAACAGAGAGGGUCUUACUUUUUAUAUCUGUAGUGCCCUGCCCUGCUCUGCUCACAGGACUUAACUAAAUGCUUUAUCGUUCAUUCAUGUAAUCAAAAGUUUAAACCACAACGGUACAAAUGGUAUGAAUGCGAAUGACAUGUGACAAAGAUUAUAUUCAUCAUGACCAGGUUGGCGUUAUAAGGGGGGAUUCAGGGUUGCUUUCAUAUUGGGAAAAUUAUACACUUAACCAUAUUAGUAAGAAAAUCAACCCAAAUCAUCCGACGACAUCAAUCCAUGCAGAAAAAGCUUUUGCCAAAGUACAGCAGCCAUUUCUGUUUUUAAAAAGUGUAAACAGGGACAACAAGAAGCCAGAGGCGCGGAAGCAGCGUGGGGCCCUCCGCCAGACCCGGCGCUGCCAGCCAGAAGGAAGGAGCUGUUUUGGACGCCGCUGACGUCACCAGCACCGCGAAAACGAGGGGGGUUGCCACGGCAACCCCUUCAGCAGCCGCCAUCUCUGAAGCAGCACUGCGACAACCAGGGAGGGAGCUCAGCUCCCGGCAGAGCAAGUGACUCCGGAGUCAGUCGGGACAGCAGGACGCUCGGCCCUACGAAUCCCGGCCACCGCCAUCUUUGUUCGGGGCGCGCGCACUUCCUGCCGGUGGGCGGAAGCGGAGCUGCCUGCGAACCGAAGAGGGCACCAUCGUCCUGAGACCACCGCCGGGCGCACACACUUCUGACAGGGGAAAGCUGAACGGGACCGGAUCGCCGCCAUCUUAGACAGGGGCUCGCGCUCUUCCGGCCACCGGGAGGAAGCGGGGCCGCUCUCUGGAGCUAAGCAGACAACGUCGUCCCCGUGGGCUGCAGCGCGCUUGGCCGGUCCCCACGGGACCCCUCGGCCGCCCCGAGGGGCCGGCAUGGCGGAGGAGGGUGCCGCGGGCGCCGUGCACUUGCUCUGCCUCGCCGCCUCCAGCGGAGUCCCUCUAUUCAGCCGGAGCAGCCGCGGAGGCGCCCCCUCCCGGCAGCAGCUGCCCUUUUCCAUCAUCGGCUCCCUCAAUGGCGUGCACAUGUUCGGCCAGAACCUGGACGUGACGCUGCGCUCCGCGCGCACAGAGGACUCGGUCGUGGUCUGGAAGACUUUCCACGACAGCGUCACCCUCAUCGUGCUGUCUUCGGAGCUGGGGUGUGCGGAGCUCAGACUGGAGCGCUUGCUGGAGCUGGUGUUUGGGGCCAUGGUCCUGCUGGUUGGCCUUGAAGAGUUGACCAAAAUCCGUAACGUGGAGAGGCUGAAGAAGGACCUGAGGGCCGCCUAUGGCCUCAUCGACAGCCUGCUGGUGGACUCGGAGCUGGCCGGGGACCUGACUCAGUGCGUGGACUGCAUCGUCCCUGCAGACGGGCCGCUGCUGCAGGAGGCCCUGGCAGGCUUCGCCGAGGAGAUGGGCAGUGUCUUCGCCAGCCUGGUAGCAGGCGGCCGGGUGGUUGUGGGGACGGAGGGUUGGUGGCGCCUUGGGGCACCAGAGGCAGUGCUGCUGCCCUGGCUUGUGGGCACCCUCCCAUUCCAGGCUGCUCGUGAUUACCCUGUUUAUUUGCCCCAUGGGAGCCCCACGGUGCCUCACCGGCUCCUGACGCUGAUGCUGCUACCUGGCCUGGAGCUGUGUGUGCUGUGUGGACCUCAGCCACCUCUGAGCCAGGUGGAGCCUCAGGUCUUAGAACGCUGGUGGCAGCCUGUGCUUGAGCCACUGAGGGCCUGCGUGGCCCUCGCACCUCGGGGGAUUCCUGCAGGCUUCCCCCUGCACCCUGGUAUUCUAGGGCUCCUCCUCCUGCACCUAGAGCAGAGACGUGGCCUCUUCGCAGUGGACCUUGGCGGAGAGGAAGGUCCUUCUCCCAGGAUCCGCCGGCGCCUCCUACGCUCUUUCUACGUGCUGGUCACUGCCACCCAUUUCCCCCCAGAAAAGGCCGAGGAGCAGGGAUGCCCCACGGAGGUUCCACGGGCCUGCUAUGUGGUGUCUGGGGUAGCUGCGGAGGGGCCACAGGGCCUACAGGACCCUGGGGCUGGGCUCAGGCUGGUGGCAGUGCAGGCAGGGCCCCGCCGCCUCCUGCUGCUGGUGAGUCCCCAGAGCCCGACAUAUGCCCUGCGGGGUCUGGCCACUCGGACCCUGCAUGCUCUUACGCCAGUCCUCUAAGCCCCAAUAAAGUGCCCAGACCUGCCACCGUC